CACACUCGCGCGCCGGGACAGCCCCGGAGCCCACCCGAGGCGGAGGAUGCGCGGGGACGGAGGGCGCGGCCGGCUGCUCCUGGCGGCGCUGCUCUGGGCGGUGGCGCGGGGCCAGCAGAGAGGCCUGUUUCCUGCCAUUCUCAACCUCGCCAGCAAUGCGCACAUCAGUGCCAACGCAACCUGUGGUGAGCAGGGGCCCGAGAUGUUCUGCAAGCUGGUGGAGCACGUGCCCGGCCAGCCGGUUCGGAACGCCCAGUGCCGCAUCUGUGACAGCAGCAGCGCCAAUCUCAGAGAACGCCACCCGAUAUCAAAUGCUAUAGAUGGCACCAAUAACUGGUGGCAAAGUCCCAGCAUUCAGAACGGGCAAGAAUAUCACUGGGUCACAAUCACUCUGGACUUGAGACAGGUCUUCCAGGUUGCAUAUGUCAUUGUCAAAGCUGCGAAUGCUCCUCGGCCUGGAAACUGGAUUCUGGAACGUUCUCUGGAUGGCAUCACCUUCGCCCCCUGGCAGUAUUACGCAGUCAGUGACACUGAGUGUUUGACACGCUACAACAUAACCCCGAGAAGGGGCCCUCCCACGUACAAGGCGGAUGACGAAGUGAUCUGCACGUCGUAUUACUCCAGGCUUGUCCCAUUGGAGCAUGGAGAGAUUCAUACGUCACUGAUCAAUGGCAGACCCAACGCGGAUGAUCUUUCUCCUGAGUUGCUGGAAUUUACGUCUGCACGAUACAUCCGCCUCCGCUUGCAGCGCAUCCGAACACUGAACGCAGACCUCAUGACCCUCAGCCAUCGGGAGCCUAAGGACCUCGAUCCGAUCGUCACCAGGCGAUAUUACUAUUCAAUAAAAGACAUUUCCAUUGGAGGAAUGUGUAUUUGUUAUGGCCAUGCUAGUAGCUGCCCAUGGGAUGAAACUACAAAGAGACUGCAGUGUCAGUGUGAGCACAAUACUUGUGGAGAGAGUUGUAACAUGUGCUGUCCUGGAUACCAUCAGCAGCCCUGGAGGCCUGGGACCGUUUCUUCUGGUAACACAUGUGAAGAGUGUAAUUGUCACAAUAAAGCCAAAGACUGUUACUACGAUGAAAGUGUUGCAAACCAGAAGAGAAGUUUGAACAUUGCUGGACAGUUCAAAGGAGGAGGCGUUUGUAUAAAUUGCCUACAGAAUACCAUGGGAAUCAACUGUGAAACUUGUAUUGAUGGAUAUUAUAGACCACACAAAGUUUCUCCUUAUGAGGAUGACCCCUGCCUGCCCUGUGACUGUGACCCUCUGGGAUCUCUCAGCUCUGUAUGCGUUAGGGAUGGCCUCCAUUCUGACUUACACGGUGGGAAGUGGCCGGGUCAGUGUCCAUGUAAGGAAGGUUAUGCAGGAGAAAGAUGCGAUCGCUGCCAGUUUGGCUAUAAAGGUUAUCCAACCUGUGUUCGCUGUGACUGCAGCCCAGCGGGUAGCAUCAACGACGACCCAUGCACAGAGCCUUGUCUUUGUAAGGAAAACGUUGCGGGGAAAGCUUGUGAUCGAUGCAAGCCGGGCUUCUUCAACCUGCAGGAGAGGAGCCCCCAGGGUUGCACCGAGUGCUUCUGCUUUGGUGUAUCCGACGUCUGUGACAGCCUCUCCUGGCCCGUCAGUCAGGUGAACGAUAUGUCUGGGUGGCUGGUCACCGACUUGAUCAGCACAGAAAAGGUCCAGUCCCAGCAGGAUCCAAACGGGGGACCCCAUCAAAUAAGCUUCAGCAACACCGCGGCCCUGCAGAGGCUGACUUCCAAGUAUUACUGGUCGGCUCCGAAGGCAUAUCUGGGAAAUAAGCUGACUGCAUUUGGUGGGUUCCUGAAAUACACAGUGUCAUAUGAGAUUCCCAUGGAAACAGUGGACGGUGACCUAAUGUUGCACACUGACAUCAUCGUUAAGGGAAAUGGACUCGCUGUGAGCACCCGGGCCGAGGGCCUGUCCUUGCAGCCCUACGAGGAGUACUUUAACGUGGUCAGGCUUGUGCCGGAGAGCUUCCGAGAUUUUAAUACCAAAAGGGAGAUCGAUCGGGACCAGCUGAUGACCAUCCUUGCCAAUGUAACACAUCUCUUGAUCAGAGCCAACUACAAUUCUGCAAAAAUGGCUCUUUACAGGUUGGAUUCUGUCUCUCUUGACACUGCCAACCCCAACGCCGUGGAGCGGGCCCUGGCUGCUGACGUGGAGCUCUGUGAAUGUCCGCAGGGCUACUUGGGGGUCUCCUGUGAGUCUUGUCUCCCUGGCUACUACCGUGUGGAUGGAAUACUUUUCGGGGGACGCUGCCAGCCCUGCGAAUGCCACGGGCACGCAAGCGAGUGUGACAUUCACGGCGUCUGUUCUAACUGUGAACACAACACCACUGGGAAGCACUGCGAUCACUGCCUUCCCGGCUUCUAUGGGAUGCCUUCCCGAGGAACGCCGGGGGACUGCCAGCCCUGUGCCUGCCCCCUCUCCGCAGCCUCCAACAACUUCAGCCCCACCUGCCACCUGGAAGACGGAGAUGACAUGGUCUGUGACAACUGUGCAGUGGGCUACUCGGGGACGUGGUGCGAGAGAUGUGCAGAUGGUUACUACGGGAACCCCACGGUUCCGGGGGAGUCCUGUGUCCCGUGUAAUUGCAGCGGGAAUGUGGACCCCAACGACACUGGUGUCUGUGACCCAGUCACCGGGGAGUGCCUGAAGUGCCUGGGGAACACCGGGGGUGCCCACUGUGAGCGGUGCACCGCGGGCUUCUACGGCGACGCCCUGACGGCCAAGAACUGCUGCGCCUGUGAGUGCCACGAGAAAGGCUCUCUUUCUCUGGUUUGUCACCCUGAGACAGGACUCUGUGACUGCAAACCACACGUGGCUGGGCGGCAGUGUGACCAUUGCUUGCCUGGAUAUUAUGGGCUGGAAGUGGGUCUUGGCUGCCUGCCCUGCAACUGUAGCACCACGGGCUCCACAUCGGACCACUGCUCGGGCGAAGGCCAGUGUCACUGUGUCCCCGGAGUGGCUGGGAGAAGGUGCGACAGGUGUGCACGUGGCUUCUACGGCUACCGGGACGGCAGCUGCACACCCUGUGACUGUGCUCACACUCAGAACUCUUGUGACCCAGACUCUGGAGAGUGCCUCUGCCCUCCCCACACACGGGGGUUCGGAUGUGAGGACUGCGAGGGCGGCUUCUGGGGCCACGACGGGGAGCUUGGCUGCAAGGCCUGCAAUUGCAGCAGUGUAGGGUCAGCCAGUCAUCAGUGUGAUGUGCUAACUGGUCACUGCCUGUGCAAGCCUGAAUUUGGUGGGCCGAGCUGUGCUCAGUGCUCCCUGGGUCACAGACACUUUCCAGACUGUUCUCCCUGUGACUGUGACCUGAGAGGGACAUUGGAGCACACCUGUGACGCCAAGCGGGGCCUCUGCAGCUGUGAAGAGGACACUGGGGCCUGUUCUUGCAAGGAAAAUGUGUUUGGCCUCCGGUGCAGCGAGUGUAAAGCGGGCACUUACGCGUUCCAUGCCGGCAACCCUUUGGGAUGUGCCACCUGUUUCUGUUUCGGGCUGUCAGAGACCUGUUCAGAGCUGGAGGGAUUUGUGAGGGUCCCGGUGACCCUGGCCUCAGACGGGCCUCUCCUGCGUGUGGUUUCUCAGAGUGACCUGUGGGGCACGACGGUGGGGGUGUAUCACCAGCCUCCUGACAUCUUGUUGGACGCCGGGACCGUCAGGCAGCACGUCCGUGCUGAGCCCUUUUACUGGCGGCUGCCGGAGCAGUUCCAGGGAGACCAGCUCAUGGCCUAUGGUGGUAAACUAAAAUACAGUGUGUCCUUCUACUCCUCCGACGGCUUGGGCACCUCCAACUUUGAGCCUCAAGUUCUCAUCAAAGGAGGUUGGAGCAGGAAGCACGUCAUCUACAUGGAUGCACCUGCCCCGGAGAACGGAGCGCGAGAAGAGCGGGAAGUAGAGAUGAAAGAGAAUUUCUGGAAAUAUUUUAAUUCUGUUUCUGAAAAACCUAUAACACGCUCAGACUUUAUGUCUGUUCUUAGCAGCAUUGAGUACAUCCUCAUCAAAGCAUCCUACGGUCAGGGAUUACAGCAAAGCAGAAUCUCCAGAAUUUCCAUGGAGGUAGGUAGAAGGGCUGAAGAGCUGCUCCCCGGGACAGAGGGGGCCACCCUCUUAGAGAACUGUGUCUGUCCUCCUAGCACAACUGGAUUCUCCUGCCAGGACUGUGCCCCUGGGUACCACAGAGGGAAACUUCCAGAAGGUGGUCGCAGAGGACCCCGUCCACUCAUUGCUCCGUGUGUGCCUUGCAGUUGCAACAACCACAGUGAAACGUGUGACCCCGAAACUGGAAAGUGUCUGAACUGCAGCCAUAACACCACCGGUGACCACUGCGAAGUGUGUGCUCCUGGAUACCAUGGGCGUGUGACCGGCUCGGCUGGAGACUGUGCCCUGUGCACUUGUCCUCACGCCCCCCCUGACAGUUUUAGUCCCACUUGUGUCUUGGAAGGUGAUCACGGUUUCCGCUGCGAUGCCUGCCUGCAAGGCUAUGAGGGGCAGCACUGUGAAAGGUGCUCCCCAGGCUAUCACGGGGACCCUCGAAUGCCGGGCGGCAGGUGCCAGAAGUGUGAGUGCAGUCCCAGCGGCUCUGUCCAUGGUGACUGUGACCCCGCUUCGGGCCAGUGUGUCUGCAAGCCCGGGGCGACGGGGCUGCGCUGCGCAGAGUGCCAGCCGAGGCACGUCCUCGGGGACAGCCACUGCAUUUCCUGUGAUGAUGACUGUGUAGGUGUACUGUUGAAUGACUUGGAUAAUGUUGGCGAAUUCAUUCUUUCUAUGAAUCUCACUGGCAUCGCCCUGGUCCCAUAUCGCGUUUUGUCAAACCUGGAAAAUACAACGAAGUUUCUCAGGGAAUCUUUAUUAAAAGACAAUACACAAAAGGAACUGGCAAAAAUUCAACUUGAAGGUGUCAUGGAACGAACCAGUGCUCUGCAAAAGGAGCUCACUAGAGUGUUGACAAGUAGCCAACAAGUGAACAGGGUGACGGAGAGACUCCUCAACCAGAGUGAGAUGCUCACAGCAUUUAUGGAGAAGCUGCAGAGAAGCAUCACAGAGAUUAUUGAAAAGGUAACAACUCUAAAUCAGACCUCGGGUGAUGAUUUCCAGCUCCCCGACUCUACCAUCCAGAAUAUGCAAGAGAACAUUACAUCUUUGCUGGAGGUCAUACAGAAAAGGCACUUCAUGCAGUUAUACCAAAAUGCCACCCUUGAACUCAAGGCUGCUGAAGAUUUAUUGUCACAAAUUCAGGAAAAUUACCAGAAACCACAGGAAGAGCUGAAGGCUUUAAAGGAAGCUACAAGAGGCCUCCUUUCAAAACACAGACAUGAACUGCAGGCGGCAGAAAACCUAGUGAAUGAAGCAGAUGCCAAGACAGAGGAAAGCAACCGCCUGCUGCUCCUUAUCAGUGCCAACUUGAGAGAAUCCAAAGAUAAAAAGCUGCGUGUUCAAAAAGAACAAAACUUGACCUCAAAGCUAAUCACCAAAGCAAGAGGGUUGAUAGAUGCUGCCACUUCACGUGCAAAUGCUGCGCAGAAUGCUCUAGCACAGUUAGAGGAUCACCGGGACGAGCUACUUUUAUGGAAUGCCAAAAUCAGGCACCAUGUCGAUGACUUGGUCAUGCAGAUGUCCAAAAGAAGAGCACUUGACCUUGUCUACAGAGCAGAGGAUCAUGCAGCUGAGCUCCAAAGACUUGCAGGUGUGCUGGACAGUGGCCUCGAAGAUGACAGGCAUGUGUCCCUGAAUGCUACCAGCAUGGUCCUCGUCCGCUCCAACAUUCAAAGCCUGAUCCAAGAGUCUGAGGGAUUGGCCAGUGAUGCUCUCAGGACGUCGGUUGAGGCCGGCCCGUUCUCGGAAUUCCUUGUUUCUAACGGCAAAGAGGCUCUCCAGCGCAGCUCCAAGUUUCUAAAGGAGGGCAAUAGCCUGAAUCGAAAGCACCAAGGUAUUACAUUGGAACUGAGUGAAUUGAAAAACUCUGUGAAGAGAUUUCAAGGGAAUGCUGAUAAAAUUACUGGGCAGAUCAAUGAAUCACUCUUGAUACUUAAAGCACUUCCUGAAAGUGCCAGAGACAAAGCAACCCAAACCAAAGAGCUGGCUGUAUCUGCGAACCAGAGUGCGGCUGGCACGCUAAAGGCUGUUGUGGGUUUGAGUCAGAUGCUGCUGAAUACAUCAGCUGUGCUGAACAGGGUCAAUGCCACUUUGCAAGAAACCAGUGCCCUCCUGCGUGACUCCUCAGAGGCCACUCUGUUAGUUGGAAGAAAAGUUAAGGACGUGGAAACACAAGCCAACCUUUUAUUUGAUCGGUUGAAGCCUUUGAGGACAUUAGAAGAGAACCUGAGCAGAAACCUAUCAGAAAUUAAACUGUUGAUCAGCCAGGCCCGGAAACAAGCAGCUUCUAUUAAAGUUGCUGUGUCUGCAGACAGAGAUUGUAUUCGGGCCUACCAGCCUCCAAUUUCUUCCACCAACUAUAACACCUUGACGCUGAAUGUUAAGACGAGCGAGCCUGAUAACCUUCUGUUCUACCUGGGUAGCAGCACCGGCGUAGACUUCCUGGCAGUGGAGAUGCGGCGGGGAAAGGUGGCUCUCCUGUGGGACAUGGGCUCCGGGUCGGCGCGACUGGAAUUCCCAGACUCCCCGGUUGAUGACAACAAUUGGCACAGGAUCCAUGUGACCAGAUUUGGAAACAUUGGUUCACUGAGUGUAAAGGAGAUGAGCUCAACUCAAGAGCCACCAACCAAAACAAGUAAAUCCCCGGGAACUGCUAAUGUUCUGGAUGUAAACAAUUCAACACUGAUGUUUGUUGGAGGACUUGGAGGACAAAUCAAGAAAUCUCCUGCGGUGAAAGUUACUCAUUUUAAAGGCUGCAUGGGAGCAGCGACCUUGAAUGGAAAAUCUGUUGGCCUGUGGAACUAUAUUGAAAGGGAGGGCAAAUGCCACGGAUGUUUUGGAAGCCCCCAGAGUGAAGACGCUUCCUUCCAUUUUGACGGCUAUGGGUAUUCCAUCGUGGAGAAAACACUCCGGCCUACUGUGACACAGAUAAUAAUGCUCUUCAGUACCUUUUCACCAAAUGGGCUGCUUCUCUACCUCACUUCCAAUGGCACUAAAGACUUUUUAUCCAUUGAGCUGGUCCACGGCAGAGUUAAAGUUACAGCAGACCUGGGUUCUGGACCUCUCGCUCUCCUUACAGACCGACGUUACAAUAACGGAACCUGGUACAAAAUCGCCUUCCAGAGGAACCGAAAGCAAGGACUCCUAGCAGUUAUUGAUGCUUACAACACCAGCUAUAAAGAAACCAAGCAAGGUGAAACUCCAGGCGCAUCUUCUGACCUCAAUCGCCUCGACAAGGAUCCGAUUUAUGUUGGUGGAUUACCCAGGUCAAGAGGUGUAAGGAAAGGUCUCACCAGUAGAAGCUACGUGGGAUGUAUAAAAAACCUGGAGAUCUCCAGGUCUACCUUUGAUUUACUCCGGAAUUCUUACGGAGUGAGAAAAGGCUGUGUGCUGGAGCCUAUCCGCAGCAUGAGCUUUUUGAAGGGCGGCUACGUUGAACUGCCACCCAAGUCUUUGUCACCAGAAUUGGAGCUGUUGGCGACAUUUGCCACCAGGAACAGCAGUGGCAUCAUCCUGGUCGCCCUCGGCAAGGAUGGGGAGAGGCAGAGCCGUCGGCAGGCACACGUGCCCUUCUUUUCCAUCGCACUGAUCGAAGGCCACGUUGAAGUGCAUGUUAAUUUUGGGGAUGGAACGAGCCUGAAAAGAGCUCUCCUGCAUUCUCCCACGGGCUCCUACAGUGAUGGGCAGGAGCAUUUCAUCUCGUUGAUCAGGAAGAGAAGAAUUAUCACUGUCCAAGUGGAUGAGACCAAUCCUGUGGAAAUGAAGUUGGGCCCAUUUGCAGAGAGCAGGACAAUGAAUGUAUCUAACCUGUACGUAGGGGGAAUUCCAGACGGUGAGGGGCCUUCUUUGCUCAAAAUGAGGAGAUCGUUCCACGGCUGUAUCAGGAACCUGGCCUUAAACGCAGAACUUCUGGACGUCACUAGCGCGGUGGGCUAUGAGCACGUCGACCUGGACACCUGCUGGCUUUCGGAAAGGUCGAAGCGCACCCCUCCGGGAGAGGACCCCGAGCUUCCGCCAGAGCCACGGGCUUUACCGAGCCCUGUACGGUGUGCCAUGGACAGAGCCCCAGACUACAUCCCUGAUGCUCACCAGUUUGGCCUUGCUCCGGGCAGCCAUCUUGCAUUGCCUUUCAACCAGUCGGCUGCCAGAAGGAAGCUUUCAGUUCAGCUAAGCCUCCGGACGUUCGCCUCAAGCGGUCUGAUUUACUACAUGGCUCAUCAGAACCAAGUUGACUACGCCACCCUCCAGCUGCACAGGGGCCGCCUCCACUUCAUGUUUGAUCUCGGUAAAGGCAGGACAAGGGUUUCCCACCCUGCGCUGCUCAGCGACGGCCAGUGGCACACGGUCAAGACAGAGUAUGUGAAGAGAAAGGGCUUCAUGACAGUUGACGGCCAAGAGUCCCCGGUGGUUUCCGUCAUGGGAGAUGGAACCAUGCUGGAUGUGGAAGGACAGUUGUACCUGGGAGGCCUUCCUGCCCACUACAAGGCCAGGAACAUUGGGAACGUCACCCACAGCAUCCCAGCCUGCAUCGGGGAGGUGACGGUUAACAGCGAACGGCUGGACACGGCACGCCCCGCGUCUGCCUUUGCAGUGAGCAAGUGCUACGCAGAGGCCCAGGAGGGAACUUUCUUUGAAGGAAGUGGAUAUGCUGCACUUGUGAAAGAAGGCUACAAAGUCCGAUCUGACGUGAACAUCACACUUGAGUUUCGAACCUCCUCUUUGAACGGCAUUCUCCUGGGGGUCAGCAGUGCCAAAGUGGACGCCAUCGGAUUAGAGAUUGUGAAUGGCAAGCUCCUGUUCCACGUCAACAAUGGCGCUGGGAGGAUAACAGCCACCUAUGAGCCCCGAGCUGCGCACCCGCUCUGUGACGGGAAGUGGCACACGCUGCGGGCUCACAAAAGCAAGCACCGUUUGGCACUGAUUGUGGAUGGGAACGUGGUUCGAGCCGAGAGUCCACACACGCAGUCCACCUCGGCCGACACCGACAACCCCAUAUAUGUGGGCGGCCACCCGGCUGGUGUAAAGCAAAACUGCUUGAGCACCCGGACCUCGUUCCGGGGCUGUUUGAGAAAGCUCUCUUUGAUUAAGGGCCAGCAAGUACAGACCUUUGACUUCAGUGAAGCCUUUGACCUGCAGGGAGUUUUCCCUCAUUCCUGUCCCGGAACCGAGCCCUGAACUUGAGGGUAAAUCUUCAGCUGGGAAUCAUGGCUCAUGUUCUGAGGAGGAUUAUUUUUGUGAAUUAACAUUUCUUCAGUCCAGAUUUCAUUUCCAACUCAGGUUCAGUGUUUCCAGAGAGAAAUUUUGUACUUAUGUGAAAACCAAAACCAUGUGUACAACAAAUACCUCUAUUAAAUAGACUAAAAUGUAAAUUGAAUGAAUUGCCUCUCUUUUUACGUAUUUUAAAAAUAAUGUUUGUAAACAUUGGCUGUUCUGUUGAUUAUUUGACAGUAUUCAUGUUU